AUGGAUUUAGUGCGCUUCCGCAUCACCAGAUCGUCACUCGAUUCCCCUCCUGCCAGACAUAUAAGGAGCCUCUUGCCGCCCGCCCCGCCCUCUCACACCUAUCCACCACUGGCCUCUAGAGGACAUCCGCCUGUCCCUUUUUCUCCUCCGACCUCGACCUCUCCCUCCAUCACCAUGACGUAUCGUCGCACCGUGACCACUCCCGGUGCUCCCCUGGUACAGACCUUCGUAAACAACGUCUACGUCCAGUCGGAGACCAACGUCCUCUUCGAUUCGCAUCACGACGUUGCUGAUGAUGCUCAACGCGACCUAGAGCUGCAGGCAUCCAUGCUUCGUGGCUUCCAGUCCAUCAGACGAGUGGAAACGAUGGUGCAUGGCAAGCGCGUAAGCGCCAAGGUCUCUUUCGAGAUUCCCCGAUCCCAGCUGCACGACUCCCUCCUUCAGUGUACCAGGCUACCGGGCUUCUGCGGCAUCCAAUUCGAACCCGACUUCAAGGCGGAGGAGAUCCAGAAACUCAUUGAUGCCCUCGCUAGCCAUCACCAGCCUACAGCUUCGACUUCGCCGGCUCAACAGCCUCACCUUGCAAGCACGGGCCCCGAUACACCUUCACGUACUCAAGACGACCACACGUCCACUUCGUCUCCUGCUCGACCUGACUUUGGAACGGCGUCGUCUCCUGUCCGUCGCACCUCUAUGUCAGCUUCCUCGCCUGCUCGGAACGACUUUGGACUGACAACCUCGCCCACUCGACCUGACUUGGGUGCAGCCUCUUCCCCUGCCCAUCCCGUCACUGGUCCCAGCUCCUCGCCUGCUCGACACGACUACGCCUCAGCUACGUCUCCUACUCGACACGAGCAUGUCUCAUUCUCGUCUCCUAUUCGACAUGACUUUGGCCCAGUCUCCCCCUCGGCCCCUCGCGCCGCAGGCCCGGCCUCCUCACCUGCACUGGACGACUUCUUUGGACUGGCCUCCUCGUCUACUCGACCCAACUUUGGCGUAGCCUCGUCCCCUGCUCAACAUGCUCCCGAUCCGAUCUCCUCGCCUCCUCGUGCUCCGGACGUAGCUGCGACGAGAAACGACGAGAUCCUCCUUCACCUCUCGCCAGCGGAGCGCUCGACGGCCUCUUUCUUCCAGCAACUGCAGCAGGCUACGGCCCCGGCCCCCACUAGCGGUCGCCCUCAGAUCGGCAGCGCGGCGGUCGGAUCCUUCAAUGGUUAUGCUGGAGUGCGUGUCGAUGUAGAGCCUAGACUCUGGCACUUCCUGGACGUCGGCCAUUCCAUGAACAUCCAAAUCCCCCUCGCCUUUGACUGCGUUCCCCUCCAUCGGCUUCAGGGGCUUCCGGACGACGAGCUUGUCAACGUUAUCGGCGUGGUCACGGAUGUCAAGCCUCUCGCCAAGCCUAGGGAAAAGCCUUACUGGGCUCUCAAGAUUGUUGGUGACUCGCAAGGCAGUAGCGUCACGACUGUCCGAGUCUUCCCUUACAAAGAGGCGCCCUUCCAGCUGGGUUCUCCCAUCCAAGUCAAGCGGAACGAUGUCGUUAUCGUACUGGCUGCUUCGCUCUACCAUCGAGGUCUCUCUGUGUUCGACUGCAGCUCCAUCUUCCUGUCGUCCAGCGCAUCUGUGCACAACGCUCUCGAGCUCCUCACUCGCGUGAACUGCUCUACCAAUUAG